AUGCCAUCGCCUGAUCUACCCGUCGAGAUCGACCGCAGCAGCGGUAUCCCGAUUUACAUCCAGCUCGAAGAACAGAUCCGCCUGCGCAUCCGCCGCGGUCAGCUGCUGCCCGGCACAGCCCUGCCCACGGUGCGCAGCUUGGCGGUGGAGCUGGGGAUCAACGCCAACACUGUGGCCCGGGUCUACCGCGAUCUGCAGCGCGAAGGCUUGCUAAGGCUCGAGCGCGGCGUCGGCACCUUCGUCACUGAGGCCAGUGCCGAGCAAGCCGUCGAACCUGGGCGGUUGGACGAGAUCGCCAACGCUGCCCGGCGCCUGGUCGAGCUCGGCCGCUCCGCCGGUCUGCGUCCCGCCGAGUUGGCCCGCCUGAUCGAAACCUUGUGGAAGGAGACCGUCAAUGCUGAGAGGUAG